AAGUUGUGUCGUGAGUUCGGAGCCGCUGUAAAAAGUGGGAAUUUUUUAUAAUUUUCGUAUAAUUAUUUCUCGAUAAAAUAAGUGAUAAGAACAAAUUGAAGCAGUUUGGAACUCCCGCCAUCGCUCUCGUUGAAAAAGUAGGCCUUGCCGACCUUACAACCCUGCAAACCCGCGCCAAAACGUCGACAACCGUGAACAAAAAUUUAAAAUCCACGAGUAAAUCCGCGAAAAAGGAUUCCGAAUCCUUUUCCAAGCUGAGAAAACCAAUCACCCAUCGCGCAAUCAAUUGUAGAGAACCCAAAAAUCCGUGGCCGAGUCCGGGUGUCUCGGUAAGAAAUCAUCGGAGAGCGCUCCGACAAGCAUAAAGCAAUCAUCACGGAAGGUCCCGCAAUUAAGGCAGGAAAACGGGUACGGGUCGAACUCGCAUUCGUAUCCGUGGAGACGAACUUAGAAAAUCCCCAUCAAAGUAAUCGAUAUAUACAAAAAAUUGGGACAUGUGGCUGUAGGGUUUGUGCAGUUCAAGUAUUGUUGUAGCAGCAGAAAAAAGAUUCCGGUCGAUACGAUGACCCAGGCCAACGGUCCAAAGGCGAAAGCGACAGCAUCAGAAAAGGAAGGUGGGAAAAGCCACCUAAACCUGACGGCAGACGAGCUAAAGGAGGAGGGCAACCGCUGCGUCAAGGCGGGCAAUUUCACCGAAGCCGUUCUUCAUUACUCACACGCCAUCAAACUCAAUCCCGGUGAUGCUAUACUGCACAGCAAUCGAUCGCUGGCCUUUUGCAAACUGCAGCAAUAUUACUACGCCAACGAGGAUGCCGAUAAGGCUAUUGCACUGAAUCCGACCUGGGCGAAAGGCUACUACCGGAAGGCCGAAGUGAGCAUGGGCGUGGGACAGUACGAUAGUGCGCUUCUGUCAUACGGAAAGGCGCUGCAUCUGCAACCUCAAGAUAUGGGUAUUAUACAUGCAGCCCGGAAGGCGGCUGAGCUGAGCAAUCAGGAUAGAGUGGCGGAAAAGAGAACACCCAUGAUAGGUUGUGCGAUUGGUUGUGCUGUAGGAUUGUGCAUCGUGCUGGCUGAUAUGCUGCUGACGGAAAACCCUGCCAUUAAGUACACAACGUUGAUGAUAUUCGUAGUGCUCAUCAUAGCAGGCAUGGGUUUUGGGAUUGCCAAGAUGAUUCGAUACUUCAAAAAACAACAACGGAGAGGCUUACUUGAUCCACCCAUCGAUUUGCUUGAAGAUUUUCAAAAACCCAAUGAAGACACUAACGAAGAUGGAUUGCUCAAUGGGGAACAACGACCAAUGAGAAAUCGUUACACCAAAGCUCAAGCUCGGCAACGGCUUAAAAAGGGUAAAACGUAGUUUUAUCUUUCCCGUAAGAUUUCCUUCCAGAAAACCGUGGUUUAUCGUGGCUGGCGAUACCAGUUUUGGGCCCCGCAAUAUGCACUGUGUGUUAAUUUGUUACACAAUUACGUUGUACAUUCAUUAACCGCAUGUCUAGCAACCACGCAUGGAGGGAGAUAUUUAAUAUUUUAAACCAAUUCCUUCCCCUUUUGCUAUGCAGUAUAUCUAGCUUAGGCGGAGUGAGCUGCACAAGCUGAUGGCGAGUUAAAUUUUAAAAUAUUUGUUUCCACUGACCAACAACAAUCACAAUCAAUUACGCCUAUGGUGAAGAGAUCGACAUGAAUAUUUGAUCUACUAGUCGCAGUGUCUGCAUGCGUCAGGAAUGUGAAUGCUUAUCAAACUGGGGGUCCCUGAUCCCUUCGUGUACUGAGGAAAUCUAAGCUUUUGAAGCAGCAUUUGGCUUUGGGUUGUGCACUUCAUAUAUGGGUUAUUGGAUUGUAUAUUUCACAAAAUCCGUUGGGACUCCGAAACCCAACGAAAGUAGGAGGGUAUAUCGGGCUGGAAAUAAAUCUAGUUAGCUUGU